UCAUCGCCCACAUAUAUUCCCACCAAUCCGCCAUUUCUGCAACCUCGCCAAGCUUCCAACAAUACCUCCGCUUCCUCGUACCUCGUAAACAUGUCGGCACCGGCACCGGAGAAGAAGUCGAAUUUCGUCCGGACUUGCAACCUCUUGGGCCAGUAUCUCCACGGCAAAGUUAGCCUCAGAGAUCUCAGUCUUGGAAUCGGAAAACCCGAAGUGUGUCGUGAUAAUAAUACUGCGACAAUGGAUUUUCUGGGCAAUCUGGGAAAAUCAAGCCAGGAGGAUGGAGAGGCGGCGUCCUGCAAAGACCGUAAAACUGCCCAGUUGACUAUAUUUUAUUCCGGCAAACUCGUGGUGUUUGAUGAUUUUCCGGCGGACAAAGCCAGGGCGGUUAUGUUAUUGGCUAGCAAGGGGAAAAGCCCUCCGACCACUUGCGCCGCCGCCGAUCCUCCACCGCUUCCAUUGCAACACGCCGAAACUAAUGCCUCCGAUUUGCCCAUUGCUAGAAGAUCAUCGCUUCAUCGAUUCCUGGAGAAGAGGAAGGACAGGGCAAUUGCCAGAGCACCAUACCAAGUCCAUAACCACCACUCUGCCAUGCCUUCUUCUUCCAACAAUGAGGAUUCAUCUUCCAAUUCUGGGAAUGAGCUGCUAGAUCUCAACUUCAAGUUAUAAUAAUUAUUAAUCACUUGUUCUUCUAGCUGUUGAAUAUAGAUAUAUAUGUAGUUAAUUAAUAGUUUUAGCUGCAUGUGACUUCCUAUUACACUUGACUUUGGCCUUCUCAAAGCCACCUAACUAGCCUCAUUUCUUUGACCAUGUUUUAGUGCAUCAUUCAACAAUUAAUGUAUUCUAAGGCUUAACCAGCUUGGUUGACCGUGCACUCUCAUCCCUUAAAAAUGUUGCGAGUUUGAAUCCCGUCUCAUAUGUAAAAAUCAAUCUGACCAGCACCUAUACGGAUUUAAAGGUGUCUCUUACCGUUAGAUCAGAUCUGCACAGGAUUUAAAAGUGUCUUUUACAGUUAGAUUUGCUCAGGACAUCUCAUGGUUUGACAAAAAAAAAUUGGGUUGGUUCUGUACAAAGAUGCGAGUGUAACGAGAUAUAUGAUAUACUUUGUUGUAGUGCAUCAAUCAAUAAUUAACGUAUUCUUAGUUUUUUUUCAACACUGGUGUUGUGUUGGUAUUAGGUACAAAGAUGUUACUAUAGCAGGUUGUACUGAACGUGUAACAUCACUCUUGAUUAUAGUGAUUUUUUUGUUGCUUCAACAUUUAAAAUCUAUGGGAUUUAGUAUAAAUCAAUAUGAAUAUUGGCCAAACUUCAA